AUGUUGAGAGAAUAUAAAUUAGUCGUCGUUGGAGGCGGUGGUGUUGGUAAAUCCGCUUUAACAAUUCAAUUGAUUCAAUCCCAUUUUGUUGAUGAAUAUGAUCCUACUAUUGAAGAUUCUUAUCGUAAACAGUGUACCAUUGAUGAUCAACAAGUAUUAUUGGAUGUUUUAGAUACUGCUGGACAAGAAGAAUAUCUGGCCAUGAGAGAACAAUAUAUGAGAACUGGUGAAGGGUUUUUAUUAGUUUAUUCUAUCAAUUCAUUAAAUUCCUUCCAAGAAUUAAAUUCAUUUUAUGAUCAAAUUUUACGAGUUAAAGAUUCUGAUGAUGUUCCGGUUUUAGUUGUUGGUAAUAAAUGUGAUUUAGAAAUGGAAAGACAAGUUAGUUAUGAAGAUGGAUUAGCAUUAGCUAAUUCUUUCAAUUGUCCAUUUUUAGAAACCUCUGCCAAACAAAGAAUUAAUGUUGAAGAAGCAUUUUAUGGAUUAGUAAGAAAUAUUAAUCAAUAUAAUGCUAAAAUUGCUGAAGCAGAACAACAAGAAAAAUUAAAUCAACAAGGACAAGAUCAAUAUGGUCAACAAAAGGAUAAUCAACAAUCUCAAUUGAAUAAUCAAAUAAACGGAGGUGCUAUUAACAAUAAUAAUAUUGGUGGUGGUGCUGGAAAUGAUGGAAUAAUAGAUCAAAAUGGUAAUGGAGGUGUUGCUUCUGGUCAAGCAAAUUUUCAAAAUCAAUCCCAAUCGCAAGCACAAUCACAAAGACAACAGCAACUGCAACAAGAAUCACAACAUCAAUCUGGAAAUCAAUCUUCCGGUCAAAAACAAUCUAGUUCCAAAUCAAAGAAUGGAUGUUGUGUUAUUGUCUAA